AUGCGAAAGGAAAAACGAAGAGCGGCAGGGUGGUAUCGUAUGCGCAUGCCUCUUCCAGUCGGUCCCAGUGAUGUGUUCGGAAGGAGGAAUUGCGAGCAAUCGAAUGAAGAAGUCCAGCCUCCUGAAAAGUCACCCGCAAGAGCUGUGGAUGACCCCUGUGCUGCAGUCAUGUCACGGUCCACAGACUCGUUCACAUUGCUGGAGAGCGGCACCUCUCGGCUCCACUUCAAGCUAGCAAAGCAGCUCGAAGAAGCAAGCUCAGCUCGUCACCACGACCAAGCGAUCAUCGAGACAGUAGACCACAUCCGCAAGCAGCUUGCUUCUCGCUCUUUCUCCGGUGACUUGGCCAAGCUCACAUCGGCGCUCGUCACCUUGCUCCACUGCCUUCACCACUACCCAAGUUCAGCCGCUUCUCUGACCGACGUCGCUCCACAGAUCGAUGCCAGCUUUGCACUGUUACCAACACUGCAGCUGUUGGGCUUGGCGAAAAGCUGGAAACAUCUGCUCAUAGCGCAUCAGCUUCUUCCGUUCCUCCUCCCUGCCCACGGCAAAGAAGCCCAGUCUCGAGACGUGGGGGUCCUCUCUUCUCCUGCAGCAUCCAGCUCAUCUCAAGACACAAGAUCUGCACCUGAUGAUUCUUCAUCAUUGCUGCUUCUCAACACGUUCCGAGCCAGUCUCUCGGCUGCUUCUGAGCAUACUGCUCUGAUCGAAUCGCGUCGAAAAGCACGGGGCUCCUCUCAGACCCGAUCGGUCUCGCCGUCAGCAUCGCGCUCUCGUCAACGAAGCGGCGCUUCGAGCAGCAUUCACAACGCAGCUCUAGCUUCGCUCAAGUCUCUCGUCAUGGGAACUCCGCGAGGCUCUUCCGUGUUGCCUUCUCUUGCUUCAACGCUGGUCGCGCUAAGCCGGCAUCCUGACUCGUCCAUCCGGUCGAUGACACUCCAUGCAAUGCUCUCGUGCGCAUCGGUCACCGUGAGCGACGCAUCGGACAGCGAUGGUCAGGCAGAAAUGCUCGAAGCAGCCCUCACGAUCGUUCGCCUGACCUUGGCUUCGACGUAUGCCCUUUCUGCAGCUUCGACUCCAGAAGAGAGCCAAGGGAUGAUCCUGGCUGAGAUGGAGAGACGAGUCGACUCCAGCCCUGACGUGCUUCGCACGUGCAUCAAGAUCGUGGAACACGCCCGCGCUACUGAUUUGAUAUCGGCUCAAGAGGCGGCGUGCCUCGUCAUCGAAACACUUCAGGCGAUCAGAUGGGCGCCGAUGCACCUUGAAGUGACUUCUAUCCAGCCGCAAGAUCUCGCACCAUCAGUGGCAGCCCGGACUGAGGGUCUACGUGCGCGCAAUGCAGCCCGACAAAGGCCGUCCUUGCAGGAGAAUCACACCUACCAUGGUGCAUACGCGCCUUGGCUUGUCGAGGCAUGCUUGUCAACUCUGAGCAACAGUAUGGCGAGCUUGAGCGAGCGAUCGACCCCGCAGUUGGACCACACGACGAAGAAGGGGCUGCUCCACACAGUACUUCGCAUCUACGACUCAGCUUCUCAAGGCAAGGCAGCGGCACUUGCUUUGUGUAUCGCCGCAGCUCGGUGCCUCGGGUCUCUCUACCAAGUACACGCUAGCCCGUCGAAUUCGGAAGGCAAAGGCGAAGGUGAACUGGCAUCAACGUGGGCCAACCUGUCGACACACGUCAAGUCUCAGCUGCACAGCACGAAUCCAAAUCGCAAGAUUGCGGGAAUCGGACUCUUGAGUGCGCUUCUUCCCCUCGGAUGGGCGCAAGCCACUGCUGCAGAUGCAGAGCAAGCCUCGCCAUUGCAUAUCGCCGAGGCCGAGAUGGGUCAACUGAUGGCGCUACUCGGCGACCCUGAUGCAUCCAUCCGCAAACGCGGAUUGAGACUGCUUCACCAGGUGGAUCCCAGUCUGACCGCCCUCUUGCGCUCACAGCUUCAAGGCGCUGUGGACGAAGCCAUGUCCAUUAGACCGAAGGAUGACGAAAACUUUCGCCCUGCUCAGAGAGACGUGGCUUUGGUGGCCACGGCACAGCGUCUCGUCGAAGUGGGCCUGUUCGCCGCUCUUACGGACGAGGGAGCAGUGCCAACAGAAGAGGCGAUGGACGCUCUAGAAGCGUCGCUCAUCAGUGCCGUUGCGGUCGAUCUUUUUGGGACUUUUGCGGACAACCUGAAGGACGCAUGGGCGAUGUCGACAGUGAUCAGCCUCAACCAUACGCCAAUUGUCCACCGGCUGAAGCUUCUUCGAGGCUUGUUGAUUCGGAUCAUCGGCUCGGGAUCUCCUGCAAAGUAUCAAAGAGGCAUCUAUCUGUGUUGUUGUCUUCUAGUUGAUCUUCGUCUCAGCGACCUGCAGGGUGCAGACCAAGCAGCAGAAGCUUUCGUGGACCUAGUUUCCGCCAAUCUGCUAGGCAGUCCGGGACUUGUUGGCCACCUCGUCAGAGCGUCUGGUGGUCAGCGAGAUGCGGCGGCUGCAAGGGAGACUGUCCUUGGCGUAACGGCCCGAGCGAUCUCGCUCGUGGUCAAUCUAUGCGGUCCAGCACAGACAGCAAAGCAUCUGUCCUCAGGAUUGAUGACGCUGCAGUCGACUCUGUCGAAGCUUGUUGAGACGGAAUCAGUCCCGGCUGUGCGUCUCGAGGCGAGCAACCUGCAGGUUAUCUGCGCGACGCUUCUCGAUCCUCUUUCCUCGCACGACGAGCGGUUGAUGGCCAAGCUCAAGGCGAUUUCCAUCGCCUGUCACACUGUUCGGGAUGCCACCAGAUCGUUGCUGGAACUUCAAAAUGAAGACCUGCCUCGUUCGCAGGCAGAAGACAGCAGAAGCAACACUGGCACAGCCGCGAGCACAUCUAUCCUUGCUACGGCUUCCCAGCUCUUUGCACCCUCAUUGCAUGCCAGCGCUGGCACUCGCGCCCCUUCCGACAGCUUUUCGGCCGUACAGCUUCGCCAGCGGCUCCCCGAAUCGGUGCUUGCUUCCUCGCGUCUGCUCUCACCAGAGAGCAGCGCGGAUACACUGCGAUCUUCUAAGCAGAACUCGAAGGUCAAGAUCAGCAACAGCCACAAGAGAGGUUUCGAGGCGAACACUGCUCUCUCUUCUUCUGCGAUCCCGUCUGAAGCAAAGCGUCUUCGUGAUCGCAGUAUCGCUCAAGCGUUGUCCGACUCAAUUGCCAACCUCGUGCUGGGAUCGGACGCAAAAAGUCAACAAUCGGAUAACGAAGUCAUCUUUUCGGUCACUUCGUCAGGAAUCAUGGAUGUAGAUGAGUCGGAGCUGAUCCACGAGGUCGCUGACCCCGACCGCCGCUUGGAUAGUGCGGUUGCAGACGGACAGGAACCUUCUCUAUUGGAUCUCGUCCACCAAUGUCACAAUCACGAACCAUGGCUCGACACGAGUCUCACCCCAUUCUUGCUGGAUGGGGUUCAGAUCGGCUUUCUGCCGGCCAGAGUCGUCCAAGCAUGCAUCGAUGAUUCUGAGGGGCAGGUUAGAGCCGGAGCGCCGCCAGUGCUUCGCAAAGUUCGUUUUGCAAUGGACCACCGAGAGAUUGUGCCGCCUUCCACAACGACGCGCAUCUGCGAGGCUAUCACUUUUACAAAAGAGUUCACGACACCAGAGGCAAGAACAGCUGGACUCAAUGCAGUGGCACAGCGAUGGCGUCAAGCGCGGAUCUUCCCAGACCCUCUCGAUGGUUGGCGCGAUGAGCUGUAUGCUGUCCACGGGCUCAAUCCACGACCAGGUUCGCGCAAUCCGAUCGCCUUCAAGCUAGAACGUGCAGCAUGCGCCCUGUUCGGGUUUGCCACGUUUGGUGUGCACUUGACAGCGUACACGAUCGAGCCGGCGACAGGCGAGCUCAAGGUCUGGGUUCCCCAACGCAGCAGCACAAAGUCGACGUGGCCUGGCUACCUCGACAACUCGGUGGCAGGUGGCAUCGUCGCAGGCGAUCUACCGAUGGAGAGCAUGGUGCGCGAGUGCGAGGAAGAAGCCAACCUCGAAGCAGCGCUCGUCGAGAAACAUAUCAAGCAGACAGGCGUGUUGAGCUACUGCUACAAGACAGCCAAGCAGGGCUGGAUCCAACCCGAGGUAGAGUACGUCUACGACCUGCCGCUACCGCCCGAGGUAACGUUGCAGCCCAAGGAUGGCGAGGUGGACCACUUUGAGCUCCUCACGCUCGACGAGAUCUACGCCAAGAUGAGCGAAGGCAAGUUCAAGGCAAAUUGCGUGCUGGUGCUGCUGGACUUUUUGAUCCGACACGGUCAUAUCACGGCGGACAAGGAGCCAUGUUACAGGCAGAUUGUGGCUCAGCUGCAUGUUGAUCUGCGAUUACCGGGACCUUGA